AUGCCUUUCAACAUCAGCCCCGGAUACAUGCAUCUCAACCUUGCCUACCUCAACCUCAACCUACGCUUCCAGGAGAUCUACCUCUUCAUCUACGGCGGCUCUCCACUCGAGGUCGGCAAUUAUUUAUUUUCUCGCCCUUUCACUCGAGGCAGUUUCCAUCUACACAGACUGGUCUUCAUGAUGGACUGUACUCGUUUCAUCAAUGAAAUUUCUGCCACAGUUGCGAGUGGCGAGGCCGACACCGAGGAGACGCACCAGUUCGAGGAUUGGGUUAGGAGUCUCUCGGAGAGUGUUCGUACUUUGAAUAGGGUGAUGGCGAGUACUAGGAGGCUUGGGAGGCUUAGUGGGGAUUUUUAG